AUGCAUCUUUGCUUGGGCUUGGCAUUGUGGAAUGGCAAGGAUCCCAUCCUCAAGGACAGGGCCAACGUUGCAGAGUGCAGUCCGGCAUCCUUGGACAUGACAGACUCAGACCUUUCCCUGUGGCAGCGUUUCGGCCAUCGACACCUUGACACCUGCAAUCUGGUCAUGGCCUUUGACUGGCAAGUCUUGCGGAACCAAGUCUUGGCUUUGGCCCUGAACCUACAGAUUUGGUUCGUUCGCCAGGUACUUCGGAGGCCUGCCCCACCUCUUUUCACAACAAGUGCAGAGCGGGCGAAAUUGCAGGCAGACAGCAAGGACCGAUGUGUGUGCAUCGAGAUCCUGGGGCCUGGAGGUGUGGACCAGCUGCGAGCUUCAUUGGAUUCUUGGGCUGUGUGCGGCUACAACCUGAUGAAGGACUUCGGCAGCCAGCGGUUAACGUGUCCUCCGAAGCCCCUCCGACCUGAUCUCGUUGUUGUGCGAAACAAGGCCUUCAGCAUCAACUACGCAGAUGUCUGCAUCCGAUGGGGUUUGUACGAGUCGGCGCUGCGCUUCGUGGGAUGGCCCAUCGUCCCAGGCUUCGACCUCGCAGGUGAGGUGGAGCUGGCGGGCGAGGACUCCGGCCUCGUCGCGGGCGAUCGGGUCUUCGGCUGCAGCUUCUUCGGUGGCUAUGCGACUCGUGUCGUGGUGCCCAGAACCCAGCUCGUGAAGAUGCCGAAGGGUCUGGGCUUCGAGGCGGCGGCCGCCUUGCCCUGCGUCUUUGCCACGGCGCUGCAUGCGGUGCACCUCUCUGGGGCCUGGCCCAACGAGCUUCUCGCCUCAGGCCGGGAUGCCUUGGUGCACUCGGCUGCAGGAAGGGUGGGCGACCUGCUCUGCCAGAUCCUGCGCAUUUGCGGGCUUCGCGUGGUUGGCGUCGUCGGGCAGCCAAGCAAGGUCAAGUCCUGCAAGGCGGAUGUCGUUAUCGACAAGUCCAGCGAUGACUGGGUCAAAGCAGCCCGGCAACAUGCGCCUGAAGGCUACCGUGCCAUUUUCGAUGCCAAUGGCGUCGCAACACUUAAAACCUCCUACGAGCUCCUGGGCAAGAAUGGCAGACUGGUCGUGUACGGCUUCCACUCCAACCUUCCGAAGUGCGACGGCGGCUUGGGGACGCUUUCGCCCUGGAACUGGCUCCGCAUGGCGGUGGACCUGGCCAGGACACCCCGCUUCGAUCCCAUGGACUUGACGCUGGACACGAAGGCCGUGCUGGGAUUCAACUUGAGCUUCUUUGCCGACGAGACGGAGACGUGUGGGAAGUACUUCAGGCAGAUGAGCGAAUGGCUGGACUGCGGCAAGAUCGCAGUGCCACCGGUGCAAACAUUUGGCUUGUCAGCUGCACGGGAGCGGCUCUACGGCUUGUCAAAUCCGCAGGGUAAUCAUGGUGAGGAUGUCAAGGAGCUCUAUUACUACCUGGAUGCCAUGCCCACACACAGUUACAUGAAGAUGAUGUACAAGUACCCGCAGGUUGAGUAUCCCUACGACGAGCUUCGACGAGUGAACUUCGAAAGAAAGAAGGACCCGCAGCUGCUGGAGUACGAGCUGCUCGACACGGGGAUCCUGGAUGAAAACAAGUACUUCGAUGUCGUUAUCGAGUAUGCCCAAGCUGACCUGGACGAUACACUGGUGCAGGUCACAGCCUACAACCGCGGCGCCGAGGAGGCAGAGCUGUGCCUGCUCCCACAAGCAUGGUUUCGAAACACCUGGUCCUGGACGAAAGAGAACCCCAAGCCGAAGCCUACCAUGACCUAUGUUCCGGAGAAGCAGAGAAUAGAACUGACGCAUCAAUCGUUGGGCAAUUUCCAUCUCUACGUGGACGAAACGAUCCCAUCGGUCGAGGUAAUCUUCUGCGAGAACGAGACCAACGACCUCCGUGUAAGCGCAGGAGGUGCCUUGAGCCCCUACAAGGAGCCAGCGCCCAUAGAGAAGAACGAGGCGCUUACGGCCCUGGGUGAUUUCCGCUGCCUGGAACCCAAUGCUUGGUUCGGCUUGUGGCGCCGCUUCGGUGGAAACCUGGGUCCGGAGCCUGCCAAGCGUGAGCAGGAGACGGGACUGGACCAGGGUUUCCCGCACCACCUCAGUGGCGGCAAAGGGCCUUUCAAGGACGGUUUCCAUGAUUAUGUAAUUCGUGGUGACACGGCAGCAGUGUCAAGCAGCAGCGGGACCAAAGCAGGCCUGUUAACGAGGCACAAAGUGGCCGCAGGCAGUCACGUGAGCUUCAGAUUGCGAUUGACCUGCGCCGACAAGAGCUUUCCCCAAGGAGCUUUCCUGGACUUUGACGCCACCUUCCAGUCGCGGAGAGCAGAGGCGGACAGGUUCUAUGGUCUUGUACAGGAGGACAUCACGGAUUCUGAGCGACGUCUCAUCCACCGCCAGGCUCUCGCAGGCAUGAUCUGGACCAAGCAGCUAUACUACUACGACAUUCGAACCUGGCUUUCAGGCGACAAGGGUCGCGGAAGGCCUCCCAGUCGUGGUGGUCGCAACGAAGACUGGGACCACCUUUACAAUGCUGACGUGAUCUCGAUGCCGGACAAGUGGGAAUAUCCCUGGUAUGCUACUUGGGAUUUGGCAUUCCACUGUCUUCCGCUGGCAUUGGUCGAUGCUCAGUUUGCGAAGGAGCAGUUGCGGCUCAUCACCUUGGUCUCGUUUAUGCACCCCAACGGCCAGUUCCCAGCCUAUGAGUGGAAUUUCAACGACGUGAACCCACCGGUGCAUGCCUGGGCGGUGUGGAGAGUUUUCCAGAUGGACCGCAAAAACCGUGCAGACGACGGAGACCUAAGCUUCUUGGAGGAGCUCUUCCACAAGCUGAUGCUCAACUUCACGUGGUGGGUAAACCGCAAAGAUGCCGAGGGCAGGAACAUCUUUCAGGGCGGCUUCCUAGGCUUGGACAACAUUGGCGUGGUGGAUCGCAGCCAGCCUUUUCCCAACGGUGGGAUGAUCAACCAAUCUGAUGGCACGAGCUGGAUGGCCUUUUACAGCCUCACGCUGAUGCGCAUGGCUUUGGAAUUGGCCCUGCACAAUCCCGUGUACGAGAGCAUCGCGUGCAAGUUUUUGGAGCACUUCUUGCAUAUUGCUCGUGCUAUGACACGCUUGGCCGACAAUGCUGAGCACGGCCUCUGGGAUCCUGUGGACGAGUUCUACUACGAUGUGCUGGCCAACCCAGACGGAAGCAGGGAGCCAAUCAAGCUGCGCUCCAUUGUGGGCUUGAUCCCACUCUUUGCAGUGGAGGUGCUGGAGCCCGCAGGGUGCCCCGGUUUCGGUCAGGGAGAGGUGCAGAGGGGAAGCCGUUUUGCGCUGCGCUCGGAGGACAUGCUGAAGAAGCUUCCGCGCUUCGCCAGCCAAACGACCUUGGCUCAGUGGAGAUGGUGGACGGUGCAGGGCCGUGCAGGGGCUGUGUUAAGGCAAUGGCUCUUCGACAAUCGCCCCGACCUAGCCUGCUUGGUCUCACGCUUCGUUGAGGCCAAAGCACAGAUCGCAGAGGGAUUAGGGAGAGCUUCGCAGUUUUGCCAUUCCAGCCUUGCCCAGCCUGGCCGCGGCGAGCGCCGGAUGCGGGCGCUCUUGAAACGCAUGCUGGACCCCAUGGAGUUCCUCUCAGACUACGGAGUGCGGGUGCGGUGCUUGGUGACGCCAGUAGCCUCACGUGCGUUUGAACGCACUCGAUCUCGAUCGCAAUUGCUGGUGGCGGCCUCCUUGCUCAAACCUUAG